AUGGACCCUCCAAAAAGAUCGUUCCACCAUGAGAAUUACAGGAUCGCAUGGCUCUGUGCCCUCCCUGUGGAGAUGGCCGCCGCCGAGGCGAUGCUAGAUGAAAGACACCCUGACCUACCCACCAAGCCCAACGACAAUAACACUUACAUCCUAGGCCGCAUCCAUGCCCACAAUGUUGUGAUCGCAUGUCUCCCAUCUGGUGUCUAUGGUACCACCUCAGCUGCGACUUUGGCGGCCGAGAUCCGGUUCACAUUCGGGGCCAUUCAAUUCGGGCUAAUGGUGGGGGUCGGAGGGGGCGUGUGGGGGGACGUCGAUGUUCGGUUGGGCGACGUCGUGGUCAGUAAACCAACGAGGGAGUUCGGCGGCGUAAUCCAAUAUGACUGUGGUAAAGCCAUCGAGGGAGGAUGCUGGGAGCGGACUGGAAUGUUGAACAAACCACCGACAGUCCUCUUAACUGCGAUUUCUAGACUGCAGGCGGCGCAUAUGUUGAGGCCCAGUCAGGUUUCAGAUAUCGUUUCCCAGACACUGACGAAAAAUCCGACUAUGGUAGGCACGUUCGGAUACCCUGCUGAACGGGAAGAUACCUCCUGCCAACCCAAAAGUAAUCGUUACAUUGGAAGGGAAGGUGCUUCUGACAAUAGCACUGAACAAAGUCCAACAAUGUCGCCGAAAGGGUGCGCAGUUCAUUAUGGCUUGAUAGCCUCUGGCAACAAGGUCAUCAAGGAUGGAAAGCUGCGCGAUAAACUCGCUCGGGAACAUGGCAUUCUCUGCUUUGAAAUGGAGGCGGCUGGAUUAAUGGACAACUUCCCAUGUCUGGUAAUCCGGGGUAUCUCCGACUAUGCGGAUUCGCAUAAAACCAAGAAAUGGCAGGGAUAUGCAUCUCUAACGGCCGCUGCAUAUACCAAGGAGCUACUGGGGGUGAUUCACACGCAGCAAGUCGUAGAAUCUCCCAUGAUCACCUCGGCCGGGGAGUCACAUACGGAUCGCGCACCAUUUCAUCGAAAGCUACGCUCGUAUAUGGACUGGGUAGUACGCAGCGAGCCAAGCUUCAAUGAAACGCUACUGGAGCGCAUCACGAGUUAUGACCACGAGAAGGUACACCAAAGAGUGUCGCGCAAGAGACUCGUGGGCACAACGCAAUGGUUCAUGAACCACCCGGAUUUUCAGGCUUGGUUUUCUGGGAAAGAGUAUCCUUGUCUGUGGUGUUCUGGCAAAAUUGGCUCAGGGAAAUCUAUUAUCGCUUCCGCGGUCAUCGAAGAGGCGAGGCUCCGCUCUUCAAAGCUAAACAGCCCGACUAUAUUCUUCUACUGUGACGAACAACGCGCAUCAGAGCAAGGAUUGCUUAUUCUGUCGAGUUUCAUCAAACAGUUAUGUGAAUAUCUGAUUCGAACAUCCCAGCCCUUCCCGGAGAAAAUCAAGAAAAUUCUGCACCGUUACUUUGGGCGCGAGAGGGAAGCACCUGAUAUCGAAGACUCGCAGGAUAUACUCUCUCAACUCUUUUAUGCAGUGCCAAACACCACGUAUAUAGUGGAUGGACUCGAUGCCCUCGAUCAGACUGACGCGAAAUAUCUCCUAAGCUGCCUCCGGUCGCUCUUCUUCAACUCCAGCCAGCCGCUGAUGGGUUCACAGAUUCUCUUCUUCAGCAGGGACCAUCUUGCCGGAAACAUGGACAUAGCGAUGUUUAUGCCAGAUAUCUGUCGCAUUUCGACCUCGGAAAACGUCGUACACGAUAUCCGUGUAUACAUCGAGGAGAGCAUUGCAGACAAGAUGGUAUACAAGAGGCUAACGGAAGAUAACACACUGCUUAGUGAAAUGAAGCAUACCCUGCUUAAGGAGUCCUCCGGAAUGUUCCUGUGGGUCUACUUGCAGCUAGAAAUUCUUUGGGAUACGUGCGUCACAGAUACCGAGAUACGCUCUGCCCUAAGGGCGUUACCAAAAGACUUAGAAGAAACAUACCAUCGGUGCGUGGGAAGGAUUAAUUUCCAGGAUCCCCGCGUUCUCAGGGCCCUGUCUUGGGUUCGCUUCGCCGCCAGGCCGCUCCAUAUCGAAGAGUUACGGGAGGCGGUUGCGUUCAACCUCUGCGAUAUGUCGUGGGACCAAGGCAAGAUCCCCAGGGGUGACUUUGUGAUUAGCUGCUGUGCCAAUCUUCUGGUCUUAGAUCCCAUGGACAGUUGCGUUCGUUUUGCACACUCAUCAGUGAACCAAUACCUCGACAACCAUCGGAGAAUGAUAGUACCUGGCUUCCCACAGUCCCCCGAACAGGGGGAUCGAGAUUGCGGAGACUUUUGUGUCACAUAUCUCUCCUUCACUGAUUUCAGCCUCCAACUUGAUAAGCGAGCAGAUGAUACCAUACAAACUGUAGUGCCAGAUCUACCCUUGCUUGCAGCGGAAAUUCCCGGAUCCCAGUUCGUUAGAUGGCUCUUCCAAGGUCACGGGCAACAAUACAGGUUUCUGGAUUAUGCCAUUAGCAACUGGGCCGUACAGACGAAACACAUCAAAGUGGGCGGAGUAGUCUGGGACAAGUUCACGAGACUGGCACUGAGCUUCAAUGAAAGCUGGAGCUUUCACCCCUGGCAGACUGGCGGUCGCUCACAGUUGUCCCAUUUGCACGCCCUCUUGGGAUGGGCAGUUAGGGAGCGUCACAGACCACUGCUGCGGAUUGCUUUGGGGUUUGAAGAUUAUAUUCAGGACAUCUGUAAUCUUCCACUUGUGGGAGAGGGUGUUCCAGCGCUCCACCUAGCCUGUAAACGUGCAGACGAGGACAUAGUUCGGGAACUCCUGGCAGUCUGUGACGUCAAUAAGAUUGACAUAAAAGGAUGCACCCCUCUGCAUUACGCAGCCGCGAAGGGACACACUCAAGUGACUUGUAUGCUUUUGAAUACAAGGGGCAUAAAGGUGAACGCCCUUUCAAGUACCUUGGGGACACCGCUAUCGUUAGCCGCUAGAAGGGGCUGGGGAACUGUUGUGAGCGAGCUCAUUAAACACGGAGCAGCCCUUGAAUCCAGGAAUAAGGGCUCCCAAACACCAUUGAUUCUGGCUGCCGCCGCUGGGCAUACUGCCGUCGUGGAAUUCCUGAUCCAUAGGGGCGCGGAUAUUAGGGCUCAGGACAUCGAAGGCCGAACCCCUAUAUCCUGGGCUAUAAAGAAUAGGCAUCUAGCAGUAGUCAGACUGCUGCUUGACCAUGAUCCAACCCUGCGCUCCUCAGAGGGUGGGACUUAUCCGGGGCUUCUUUCCGCGAUCGAGGAGGACCAGUAUGAGGUGGUGAAAAUGAUGGUGGAGAAAGGAAUAAACCCAAAUUCGAAAUUUGACCGAGAAUCUGUCAACGAUCCCAGGACACUCCUAUCCUGGGCCGCAGCGAGAGGACAAGAGGCUCUCGUACUACUACUUAUCAGCAAGGGGGCUGACAUCGGGAUGCAAGAUGACAUUGGGUGGACUCCCCUCGCUCGCGCCGCAGAAUUCGGCCAAGAGGCGAUAAUAAAACUGCUCAUCAACCACGGCGCGGAUGUGAACUUCCCUUACAGUGACAAUUACACGCCACUUCAAGCAGCUGCGGAAUGUUGGAACAGAGCGGCAGCGGAGCUACUCAUCGAGAAUGGUGCAGACCCUACGCAUAGAGGGUUCGCUGGUCGAGGUCCGCUAUCAUCGGCUGCACGAGCAGGGCAAGAGUCCCUCAUGAAACUGCUAAUUGAGAAAGGCGCCUACCUUGAAGAAGAGGAUUACAGAGGUCGUACCCCUCUUAUUCUGGCUGCAGAAAAAGGACAUGAAGCCGUGGUCAGGAUACUGUUGGACCAUGGCGCAGAUUUCAGGGCCUCAGACAUUGCUGGUCGAACCCCUCUCAUCAUAGCCACACACAAUGGGCAUCUCGCAAUAGCUGAGCUACUUGCUGAGUAUAGUGCCAACCAUGAGCAUCAAAGUCGUGCUGACAGGAAUACACUGCUGCGAACAAGAGCGCGUCCAAGCUCUUUGUCGGAGGGGGGAUUCAUUUCGUUUGCCAUGACGGCAAAUGUGCCAUACUAUGGCUAUAAACGGCGGAUGUUCAUGGCCGAGAAUAUCGCGGAGAUCCCUUUAUUUGACGUCCAAAAGCCUGCCCUCAGUCGUGGCUGGCUGUUCUAUCUUACCACCGCUACUUUGACUCCCGACGGCCUGAUCCCCAUAUGGGCCGACAUGAAAAACGUGCUACUGUUCGCUGUCGCGCUACAGCCGUUAACAAGUCUGACCUACUCUAGCUCCAAAUACGCAACCUUUCGUCUCUCAUCUGAGCGGCUGAUGCCCGGCUUCCUUGGCAUGCAGAUGACUGCACCUAUCAAGCUGACGGUAGGACCAUUGAAGCGUCAGCUUACCGGGCAGUGCUGA